AUCUCAUCUAUCCGGUCGGGGAGGGAUGGCAAGCGAAAGAUUGCAAUGAUAAAAGAGUAUUGAUGCAUUCUUUGUCUUUCUUUUUUUUAUAUAUAUAUAUUUGUUCAUAUUGUUAUUGGGAUGAUAAUUGAGAAAAUUAUUUUAUGUUUUUUAUUAUAUAUUAAAUGUGUUAAAUCUUUGAAUUUUUUUCUUUUCCUUUCUAAUCUGAUAAUGGUAUUUGCUGUUGAGAAUUUUUUCUUAUAAAAUUUGUUAUUGCUAAAUUGGAAAUCGCAGAUUGAUUAGAUCUAUUAGAAUUAAUUUGUUUAAUUUGGGAUUUAUUAAUUUAAUUUAGGGUUGGGAUUUGUUGAUUUUGUAUGAGUUGUUGAUUUUUUGGUAUCGGAAAUUGAGAUUUUGUCUUCUCUAGGUUUUCUGUAGAUUUGGAAUUCUAGAGAUGGCUGAUGGACCUUUACAAAAUUAACGGUUUGAUUUUAAAUUGAAAUCAAAUUGAACUGAACCAAUUCAAUUUGAUUUUAAUUUUCUCUACAUUUCAGUUUGGAUUAUAUUUUUUUUGUUAAAUUGGAUUUUUAGUUUUUCAAUUUCGGUUCCGAAUCGAGAAAAUACUCUCCCCUAUCUCCAUCUGGUUACACAAGAGUGGGACUGUGCUGCAUAUCACUGGAUCAUUUCCCAAGCUUUAACUAAGCUCUGAAGUUGGUGUAGUGAUAUCCACUAUCCAGCGAAAGCAAAUAACUGGUCAACUCAUAAACCCUCUCUCUCUUUUUCUCUCUGUCUAUCAAUGGAGGAGAUUCAACAUAAGUUUGUUGGCAUAAGGGGGGUGAAGCUUCAUAUUGCUGAGAUAGGAAAUGGCCCUUCAGCAGUGAUUUUCAUACAUGGGUUCCCAGAGAUUUGGUAUUCAUGGAGACACCAAAUGGUUGCAGUUGCAAAAGCUGGAUACCAUGCAAUUGCUCCUGAUUUAAGAGGCUAUGGAUUAUCUGAGCAACAUCCACAGCCUGACAAGGCAUCCUUCAAUGAUUUUGUGGAGGACACCAUUGGCAUCCUGGAUUGUUUUCAGAUUCACAAGGCUUUUCUGGUUGGAAAAGAUUUUGGUUCUUGGCCUGUUUAUUUACUUUCUCUUCUCCACCCAACAAGAAUUUCUGGAGUCGUAUCAUUAGGUGUGCCGUUCUUUGUUCCAAAGCCUCGGCGAUACAAGGAACUUCUUCCUGAAGGUUUCUACAUCUCUAGGUGGAAGGAACCUGGACGAGCCGAGGCCGAUUUUGGCAGAUUUGAUGUGAAAACUGUAUGGAGGAAUAUUUACAUUCUCUUCUCAAGAAGUGAAAUUCCAAUAGCAGAGAAAGAUAAGGAGAUCAUGGACUUGGUGAAUCCAUACACCCCUAUGCCACCAUGGUUGAGCAAUGAUGAUCUUACAGUCUAUGAAACAUCAUAUGAAAAAUCUGGAUUUGAUUCUCCAAUGCAAGUCCCUUACAAAGGACUGCCUGAAGACUUCGCCAUGGAUGAUCCCAAAGUUGAGGUUCCAGUGCUUCUAAUCAUAGGAGGGAAAGAUUAUUUCCUCAAGUUUCCAGGGAUUGAGGAGUACGUAACAAGUGGAAAAGUAAAGGAUUUCGUUCCUAAUUUAGAGAUGAAGAGCUUUCCAGAUGGUACUCAUUUCAUUCAAGAGCAAUUUCCAGACCAGGUGAAUCAGCUAAUCAUCAGCUUCCUGGAGAAGCAUGCUUCUUGAAAUAAACCCCAGCUCUUCUUUUAAGAUCCAAUUCACACAUCAGGCAAUAGCAGUUGCUGGAUAAAUGUUUUCCCUUAGUUUUUAUUUCACUUGGUACUGAAUCCUAUAAACAUUAACAUUCAUAAUUUUAAGACCCUGUUCUGCAUA